CUCUGGGCGCGAGACAGUCCUGAUCGAGAUGCCGCGUGCGUUUGGCUCAAUUGCGCCGAUCAGCGUCAUCUUGAAAGCGCAAAGGGGCGUAUAUGAACACGUCGACUUCGGUUGACCCCACGACGCGCCUUCCAACCUCAACAUCCCUUCUGCGUCCAAUUCUGUCCCCUGCUUCUCCUUGUCCCACCCUUUACCUCGCUCCCCACCUUCGCCGGCUGUCUUUACGACACCAUCCGCUCAAUCACAAUAUCCCUCUCGAGCCUUCGACAUCCUUUCUCGAAGCGCUAACUCCGUUCCCCCUCUCUCGCAUCCCUUCCGACAUGCGUCGCUUUUUUCCGCUCCUCUUUGCACUUCUCGCCGUGCUGCUGGCGCUAACGCUGGCCGCGCCGCAUUCUGUCAUUGAGCCUCGUCGCAAGCACAUAUUCGACAAGCAGAACAACGACAAUUUUCAAUCCUUCAAGGACAACCUGCACUGCUUCGCGAUGGAUGGGCCGACCUGGGUGAUGGAAGAUUGGGCUCAAUUCUUCGACUGGGCAAACACUACAAUGACCGGCAAGCCUCCGCCUCUCCCUCUCGAUGUGGGUGUUCUCGCUGGCCAAGCAGACGGCGGAGUCGUACGCGAAAGAUUCGUACUGAUCUGACAUGUAUCGCAUGCAGGAUCUAAAGGUCAUCGCUUCGUGUGCCAAAGGUGUCAUGUGGGAGCAGAUCCACAAUGGCGUGGGUGAUUACGUCGACGAUAUUGCUACCGCCGCAUUGCCUCUAGCGCUCACUGCACCAUGGCAAAAGCUGGGAGAAUACAUCAUCAACCACC